CCUGCAAUGAUGCAGCACAUUCCUCUCCCCCUCCCUGGCCUCUUUGUGGCCUGGGGAGCCCUGGUCGCCUUCCCCAUGGCAUCCCCCAUGCCCACCUUGCUGCCCCCCAUGGAACCCCAGAUCCUUCAGCUGCUGAUGACCAUGGUCUUCCAUGACACCACCACAGCGGCUGACAUGCAGGGCACUGCGAUAUUGGGUGAUGUCCCCACCCACGCCAUGGACUGUGGUACCUGCCCCAUUCGCUUCCACCAGCCCUGGGCCCGCCAGGGGCUGACUCCCAAGCAGUGGACUGACCUGGAAAAAGCUAUUCAUCUCUACCUGGCACUUAUCACCAAUACAAUUGUCACUGCGGUGCAAGGGACCAGUGUGACCUUCCCCUUUGUGAUCCAGAUCCUCAUGGGCUGUGAGGUCCUUCCCAAUGGCACCUCCCACAGCUUUUACCAGAGCGUGCGGGACAGGCACGACUUGGUGAGGUUCAACCUGGCCACGGGUGAGUGGGUGGCUGCACCAGGGGAUGAGAUGGCACAACAGGUUCACCAUAGCUUCAGCCAGGACCGGGGCACAUCCAGCCGGCUGCAGUUCCUGCUCCAGACCACCUGUGUUGCUGGGAUCCUGACCUUUGCCUACUACGGGAAGGAGACACUGAAGAGGCAGGAAAGCCCGGAGGCCGUGGUGUUUGCUCGGCAGUCUUCCAUCGGCCCGCAGCUGCCACUGCUGCUGGUUUGCCGGGUCACUGGCUUCUACCCACAGCCCAUUCGUGUGACCUGGCUGCAGGAUGGUGAGGAGGUGACUGCAGGUCCGGGGCUCAACUCCACCGGCCUCCUGCCCAAUGCUGACCUGACCUACCAGCUGCGCAUUGUUCUGGCCAUUGACCCGGGAGCUGGGCACCACUAUGCCUGCCAUGUGGAGCACAGCAGCCUGGGGAGCCAAGGCCUUGUUGUGUAUUGGGGGCCUGGUGGGCACUGGGCAGUUGGCUUGGCUGUGAGCAUUGCCAUUUCAUUGCUGGCUGCAGCAGGUUUGGCCACUGUCGUGUGGUGGAAGAGACACCGUGAGUCCUUCUCCCUUCCCCAGGGGACAAAGGGAUGGUGCCCCCAAUGCAUGCAUCCCGAGCACACCACUCUCUGUCUCUCCUUGCAGGAUACAUGCAGCCACUGCUGUAGCUGUUCCCUGCACCCCCGAGUUCUUCAGUGACUGUGAUUCUUGAACUAAGCAAGACCAGCCAGACCUAACACCCUUGGAUCAGCAAAAAGGGGUUGGUCAGGCUAGAAGCCUGGACACCUGGGUUGCCUACCAGGGCUAGGAGAAAAAUGAGAUUGGGGUAGGGGAAUGGUAGUUAGCAAUCAGGUUGGACUGGGAUCCAGGGCACCUGGGUUCUCUCUCAGGUUAAGGAGGGAAGUGGAGGCUGGUACGCUAGAGCAAAGGGGACUGGGAAACUGGAUGCGUGACUUCCCUCCCAGUUGAGGUAUGCAAAAUAAAAUGCUUGGGAUCAAUA